AUGUCUAACGGAACCGUCGGGCUAGAUGGACUGAUGACAACCGAAAAAGAUGAGUUAUUGGAGCGGAUGGCUUACUUGGAGAAGCAGACUACUGACCUGGCGGAGGAACUUAUCUGUCUGAAAAGUGCACUGGCGGAUUGCCUGCGACGCGUGCAGCUCCUCGAGUCCUCACGAGGUACGCAUUCACCCAUGUCAAGUCAUGUCGCCCCUCGAACUGCCAGUGAAUCCAGAGCGAGUCGAGCACCGACUGCCGCAAUGGCGGGCCGACAGAGUCGUCACACGCCAUGGAUGCCCUCCACCCAUGCUACCAGUAGCUCUCGUCGGCCGCCCUCACAGGUCUCCGCACGCUCCACUAAUCUUGCAUCCCCCUCCAGUACUGCACCGCCUGCUCUGCCCGCUUCCAAGGUUUCUGGAUCCACGGGAUCUGUCGUUCGUCCGCUCACUGCCGCCUCGAAGGGCGGAAGAAGAGGAGAAGGAGAUGUCUUUCGAAUGCGCCCCUCAGCCAGUGCCUCCUUUGACUGCGUGGAUGCUGAAGACCUCCACGAACCAAGUUCAUGGAGCACGAUUUACGGGCUUCCCAGUUCCUCUCGAGUGCUUCACCAACGAACCCUGCUUCGUCGACCCAUUUCCACGCGCUACUCCGCCGCCUUGCAUCGCAUUCGUCGCAACUCGAUGCCGCUGAAUUCGGUCACAAAUCCCUCGAUUUGGCUCUCGCAAGUCGACAUCGAGUGCUAUUGUGGUGUGGUGUCCUAG